AUAACAAAUAUCACCACACAUACAAUCCUUAGCCGCUCCUACUAGCAUUUUACACCGCGACAUCUCCCCCUCUUUCUCAAUCUUUCUGUUCAAUGGCGGAUACCGGAGUUGUGACCGUUUACGGUAACGGCGCAAUCUAUGAAACGACGAAGAAAUCCCCGUUCUCCGUCAAGGUGGGGUUGGCCCAGAUGCUUCGCGGCGGCGUCAUCAUGGACGUCGUCAACGCAGAGCAGGCUCGCAUCGCUGAGGAGGCAGGCGCGUGCGCCGUAAUGGCACUCGAGCGCGUCCCCGCCGACAUCCGUGCGCAGGGUGGCGUGGCUCGCAUGAGUGAUCCUCAACUCAUUAAGGAGAUCAAGCAGGCGGUGACCAUCCCAGUCAUGGCCAAGGCCCGCAUCGGGCACUUCGUUGAGGCCCAAAUUCUGGAAGCAAUUGGCAUUGACUACGUUGACGAGAGCGAAGUCCUCACCGUCGCUGACGAGGACAACCACAUCAACAAGCACAGUUUCCGCAUUCCUUUCGUUUGCGGUUGCCGGAAUCUUGGAGAGGCUCUGCGCAGGAUCCGGGAAGGUGCAGCCAUGAUCCGCACGAAGGGCGAGGCGGGGACUGGUAACAUUGUGGAGGCUGUUAGGCACGUGAGGUCCGUGAUGGGUGACAUCAGGGUCCUGCGAAACAUGGACGACGAUGAGGUCUUCACUUUCGCGAAGAAGAUCGCCGCUCCCUACGACCUCGUAAUGCAGACCAAACAGCUAGGAAGGCUUCCCGUGGUUCAUUUCGCUGCAGGAGGGGUGGCAACUCCGGCAGACGCCGCUCUCAUGAUGCAGCUGGGCUGCGAUGGAGUGUUUGUCGGGUCGGGUGUGUUCAAGAGUGGCGACCCGGCUAGGCGCGCGCGAGCUAUAGUUCAGGCUGUGACGCAUUACAGCGACCCUGACGUGCUCGCGGAGGUGAGCUGUGGCCUCGGUGAGGCAAUGGUGGGGAUUAAUCUGAACGAUGAUAAGGUCGAGAGGUAUGCCAAUCGAUCAGAAUAAGAGAUUCUUGACAUGCCAACACAUGCUAGUUUUGGCUUGAAUUACUUGUUUACAUAGGUAAGAGAUCAUUGCAUUGCAAUGUGCCUCUCUAUUCAAGAUGAUUGAAAUAGGUGGUUAUAAGGAUUGUUUCUUAGUAUUUGUAAUCUUAAAAAAUUGAUUGUCGUUUCGAUAAGUAAAUAAGCAAUCUUUUUGGUACUUUUUUUAUUUGCGGAAAGAUGAGGAUGGAUUUGUUGUUCAUAACAGGGUAAGGUAAAUUGCUAUAAGCAUAUUAAUCACAGCAACUUCUUUUGU